GUCUCGGGGACGCGCCAUUAAUACAUCCAUGGGACGCGCUGGGAACCAGCUGAAGCUGAGACGCGUCAGCGGCGCAGUUUCCAACCUCAAAGGCAAGAUGCACAACUGGCAGGAGAACGAGAUCAAGGAGCUACUGAGCAUCCGCGGCUCCGAGGCGAUCCGCUCCCAGAUCACCGGCACCGUGAAGGACUCGGUGGUGUACAGCCGCGUCACGGCGCUGCUGGCGGAGCGCGGCGUGUUCAGGUCGCACAUGCAGGUGAUCAGCAAGCUGAAGGCGCUGCGGAAACAGUACACCAAGUUCCAGCAGCAGAGCCUGCACAGCCGCGGCGGCGGCCGCGUGCACUGGCUCUUCUUCGAGCUCUGCCACCGGGCGUUCUCCCCCGGGGGGGCGCAGGGGGGCCGGCGGAGGAGCCCCGCUCCAACCGCCGCCACGCCGGAGCUCACGGCGGAGCUCACGCCGCCCCCGGCCCCGGUGGCAGACUCCCCCGCCGGGGGACAGGAGAUGGAGGUCCGGGAGGUGGAGGUCCGACUCUGGGAGGAUGAGGAGGAGGAGGAGAUCAGCAAACACAUCAGCACACAUCUGGGACCCGUGGAGGAUGAGGAGGAGGAGCAGGACAGAGGGGAGAGGAUGCCCUCCAUCAAUGCCACAUACAGCGUCCCAACGAAGAAGCGGAAAACGACAGUGAUGGAGCAAGUCUCGACUCUGGUGUCGGCGACGGUGGCCCAGCUCCGAGAGAUGGACGCGGCCAUGCAGGCGCAGGAGGACGCGCGUCUGCAGAGGCUCAUGAAGCACGAGAGGGAAAUGCAGAACAAUCUGAUCAGCGAGCUCAUGGUCAUGAACGAAAGGAUCAGUCGAGAAAACCACGAGAGGAACCUUGAACUCGUGGACAGAAUACUGUCCAGGUUUCCUUCGCCGUCGGCCUCCUUGGACCACUGACUGACUGGAUUAUUCAUUUGUGGAACACUUUUGACUUUGUCCCCUUCCAGCUGACUAGUGCCUCAGCCCACGUCUGGUUUUAUUUCCACUGUAUAUAUCAGUGUGGGGAGGAUAUUUCACUGAUACUUGCCUUUGAACCUCAAUUCUGCUCACUUGUAGCUAGUACUGAUCCAGGUUGAAACCCAGGUCAUCGUCAAACCACUCCUGCUCUGAUUUUUUUCUGUCCACGCUGUAGUUAAUCAUGCAACGGCUGUAAACUGGUAGCGGUGCUAAAACAGAGGAACACUAGCAGUCAGCAGAAAGUAACUGCAGCACUAAAUGUCUCACCUGCCACUCUACUUCUGACAAGAAGUUGUUUUUGUAAUACAGUUUAGGCGUCUGUUACACUAGAGCUGUUAGAAAACAAUCCCCUCUGACUAGGGAUGGGCGGUAUGGACUAAAAAAUGUAUCACGAUCAUUUCUAGCAUUUAUCCCGAUAAAGAUAAAAAUGACGAUUAAAAAAAAAAAAAAAAAACCAAUUCAACUCCACCUUUUUAACUAUAAAUCUAUCACCACAUUCAGUCUUUGGAGCCCCCAAAACAAGUUUUCUUAGCUUAUAAAAUCACAAAGUAGAAAAAAUACAACUUGAUCAAUAAAGAAACAGGAAAAAUAAAUAAAAGUUCACUGAAAAUAAAAUCCAAUCAGUGAUGACCUCUUCUAAUAUAAAUAAAAUGUGCAAAUUAACCUGUGGUUGGAACAUGCCACAAAUUAGAUACUAUUGCAAUUUUUUUUCCUAAUAGUCAAACGUUAUAUCAAAAUGUAACAACCAUUUCCUUCUGUUUCUGCAAACUCUGCAUAAAAUAGAUGUUGUUUGCUCCUCGUCACUCUUUUUUAAUCCAAACCAGUUCCAGAUAACGGAGCUGGAGUCUCGUUUAACAAUGAGCUCCUCGCUCUCAGAUCCGCUUUCCGCCAUGUUUGUUACACAAAAACAUCAUCAAUGGGAAUUUAUCGUUUUUACCGCGAGAUGACAAAUUCUUACCGUGGGGAAUUUUUUUGACGGUAUAUCGUGAACGGUAAAAUAUCGCCCAUUCCUAGCUCUGAGUAUAAUUCAUAUUUAACCUGAAAUAACUUAAUUUCUGAUUAUAUCUCCUGAGGUCUUCAUUUACCUCCUAACAGCAGCCCACCAAUACAACCACAUUUCUCCCACAACCCACCUCGCUCCUCUGUGCGAGGCGUGCUAGAUGUGCAGAUGUUACAACUUCUUACAAACACCGUUUACAUUUGUUUCCCAUAAAAAAAACAUUCAAAAAAUGAGAGAUGUUACUGUUCUGAUGCCUGAACUGUCAUUAUCGGCCGACGGUAUGUACAGUUCUGAUACCAGCGUUCAGUAUGGUGGGGUUUUUUUUACCACUGCUCCAGUUGUUCUAUUACGCCAGGGGUUGUCUCGUUCCAGUCCUCGAGCACCACCGUCCUGGAUGUCUUAGGCCGCGUUCAGACUGCAGGCAAAUCUGAUUCAUAUCUGAUUCCUUCUCAUAUCCGAUUUUCAGGGCUGACUGUCCACACUGUUUUUAGCAAGUGUCCAAAUUGCAUCUGGCUCUGUUCAGACUGGGCCACAUCAUUGACUGAUCUGUUGGGUUGCCGUAGCAACGACGUCGGAGCGGAGGCGUCACCCAGCGCGUGUAUUGUGUGAAGUCAUGUAAUUGCGACAACAAUAACAAGAUGGAGCCAGCUCCCGACAGAUUAAUGAGGCAUUUCGUUUCUUCCUCUGUCCAAGGACUGCUGUUUUCGGCAUCUUCCGACUGCUCCAUACCUGUAAUGUAGCUUCACAACUGGAAAUGGGCGGGUGGUUUGGCGCACGGGUCUGGUCUGGCGUCGCGUAGAGUGACGUCACGGACAGUCAAAACCGAUCUGAGUGUUUGGAGCUGUUCAGACUGAGACGCAUCUGCCCAAAUGCGAUAUGAAACUACCUCCCGGAGGUGGUUUCGAUCUGGUUUGCAAAAAUCGGAUCUCAUGCGGUUUGGGAGUGGUCAGACUUCAAAAGAGUCAUCCAGUUUCAAUCUGGAUGGGCUUAGAAUCGGAUAUUGGCUGGCAGUCUGAACGCGGCCUUACAUGUUUCCCUGGACUCUGUUGGGUCACCAUCCGCUCGUGAUCGAGUUCUGCACAAGUGUGUCGACGGUACAUCAGUCUCAGUCAGGUGUGAUGAAGCAGAGAAACGACUGAAGGCCGGGACACACCAACCUGAUAAUCAGCCGUCACUGACUCGAGUCGGGUUGGUGUGUCCCAUGCAGUCGUCCCUCGGCAUCUGCGAUUCGAAGAAUCAGCCAUGAGCCGUCGGCCUCUAUGACCAAUCUGGUUGGUGGAGUGGUAGACCUUGACUAGCGAAUCAGAGUUAAGCGGGAAUUAUGAUGUUAAACAUACUAGCUAAACGGCAAUGGGACAGACGCUACACUACAGUCCAUCAGGGCAUCGGUUUGGAUUUGGAUUGUGUUUGAUUGUAUUAUAUUUUCAUUAUUAGGCAUCGUAUUUACGAUCCUUCUUCUAUCAGAAGUGAAAACACUGACUGACAGCAGACUCAGUUCAGAACUCUAGAGUAGAGCAAUCUGUCAUUUCUAGUGGUUCUUUUCUUUCUGGAUGACAUCACAAAUUAGUGCCGCCUGCAGUUAUGGGGGCGCAUUACGCCUCACGCAGAACGUACGCUCCAGUCGGCGUCAGGUUGGUGUGUCCCGGCCCUAAAGCGUGCACGGACAGCGGCUCUCGAGGGCCACAAAUGGACACCCCUGUUAGAAUAGAAUACUUUUAUUGUCAUUAUACACGGGUACAGUGAGAUUAAAGCCAUGUUUACACAUAGCCGGGUAUUUACAAAAACGGAUAUUUCCCCCUCUACGUUUUGAAAAAUUCCAUCGUUUACACCAGAUUGUUUUCAAAAUCUCUUCAUUUACACGAACCCGCAUAAAUAGCUGUUAAGGGUACUAUGAGCAGCCAAACCUACAGGGGGCAGUGUAACGAGAAGCAUAAAGUCAUGCUAGCCAAUCAGAAUCCUGGAAAAAAACGUCAACAAAUGACACGUGUGAAGUCUAAUUUAUGGUUCGGCGUUAAAUCGACGGCGUAGCCUACGUACGGUGCGCGUCGCCGCGUACCCUACGCCGUAGGCUCUGCGUUGGUGUAACGCGGAACCAUGAAUCAGCUUUGACUGCCAGUUAGUUCCAAGAUGGAACGAGAGUCUUUCGUUUGGAGUGACAGAGAAGUGGAGUUACUUUUAAGUGGUACUUUAGAAUAUAAAACAGGUAAAAUACAAGAAAAUAUUGAAAAUAUUGGCCAAACAAAUUGUAAACACAGGUGGCACUCAUGACGCUGGUGACGUUUCUGUUGCAUAAUGUGACGUUCUGAAGCCUAAAUCUCCGUUUCCCUCCGUUUACAAGCAAACGUGAAAACAGAGUUUUUGAAAAUCUCCACUUUGGCCGGAGUUUUCAGAAAUCGUUUUUGGUGACUUUGAGCUUUGUUUUCGUGUAAACGAACGGCCAAAACGCAUGAAAACGCCACAGUUUUUGCUCCGUGUAAACGGGGCCUAAGAGGCAGUGGAAUGCAGCGUUUUCAUCGCCCGACAGCAGCUGGUCAUCCAGGACGAUGAAUUCUACAGUUCAGUUCGUCAUUGUUGUGGCUUCAGUCUGGAAACAUGCAUGAUGCCGCUUUCCUGGUCUGAACUUCUAGUUUCAGAAACACGAUGUUGUGACUUGAUUUGAUUUGACCCAAACAAAGAAAAAACCUACAAGUCAAUGAGGCGCUGAUUUACCAGUAACAUUUGACGCGUCUCCUUGGGCAGCAUGUCAGCUGAAUGAAUGAUUGUCCAUAAACAUCCUCUGUGAUGCUCAAAAAGGGUAUUUAUUUCUACACAAGCUCCUUUCUAUACAGCGAAGCGAACUGCAUGCACUUAUGAAGCUUUACCAGAUGGUUUAGUUCAGUCCAGCAGCUUCUCGGUGCUGCUUCACUACCUGGGAAUGUCCAUGACACGAAUCGGUGCCUCGAUGUUCAGAGCAACCAAGAAGAGUCUGCUUUCUGUUGAUUUGAUUACAUAAUAUUGGACGGCAUGUGCACGUAAAUGCUCGCUCAUACCCUUAUUUUUGCCAAUACUUCUCUGCUGGUAUUGGUAUCAAAACGACUCAACACAAAAUCAGGGCCAAAUGUCUCUCAACUGAAAUCAUUUCAAGAGUGAACUUUACCACCAGACGUGACUCUGAACUCCAGCUGUUUUAGGGCCGAUGUUAAAUGUUACUCGGCUGUUUUUUAAUUUCUAACUAAAAAUGGUAUGAAAAGAACAUUUUACUUUUUAAAACCUGAAGGUUUUUUCUGGAAACAUGGACUGCCUCUGCAAACAGAAGCUGCAAACUUUCCAGACAUUAUUAAAAUUAUUCAUCUCAUCUCAGGCCUGAAAAGUUCACACACGUUACAUCUGAGCUGAAUGAGUGAAAACAGAAAUUUCCCAACAGCCUUUGACUUUACUCAGUUACAAUAUUUGAUGAUUAGUUGGGUGGGAUCUGUGUCAUCUCAGGAGUGUAAACAGUACAAGGAUGCCCAGAUGUUUUAAGAGCUGAAAGAUCUUCUAAAUGAGCAAAGGUGCACCCUUAUGCACAAAAGUAUUACACUCUGCCGAUUCCACACACAAACGGCUCAGUGGCGAGAGUUUGAUGGGCACUUAGUCUGACGUCUUCUUUUCUUUUGAGGCUUUUAUCAAACAAUGGAAAAUCAUCUUAAGUCUUACGGUGCUUCUGGGAAAGAGAGCGGAUCUGUAUGAGAUGAAGCUGAAACUCUAACAUGCUGUUUUAUAGAAAAAAGAGAGGUGUGUUUGAGACAUGGACUCGUACCCGUUCAGUCGAGCAUGUCGAUGCAAAUGAAUCUUCUCAGAAACGAGUGGCUGGUACAAUAUCGGGUGUUACAUUUCGUUGAAGGGCCUUGCUCAUAAGCUUUUGUUCUUUCAAGCCAAGAUUGCUAAUGUGUGACGUUAACACUGACUGACGGUUGUAGGUGGUUGUGCUUUUUACUUUUUCUUUCUCUUUUUAAUGUCAAACACUAGUGCCACAUGUUAAGCAGCAGGACUGCAGAGCGACAGAGGAAACUCCACUGGGACACACAGAUGUAACCCCGUAGUCUGUAGUGUAGUCCACCUCAUCGGGAAGAAAAUAAAAUAAACACACCGUGAUAUCAUUUUAAAACUUUUAUUAGAGAUGCAAAAUGUUUCAACCAAAAAACCUGCAGCAGAAGAAUCCACAUCUGCCUCUUGGUGUGUUGCUUGGUGUCAUUCUUGGCUGACACGAAAUUCCCGGUUGCGUUUCCCAUUGCCAGCAAUCCGGGAGAAAACGUGUCAUUGAGGAAAAACACCUUUUUAAUCAGACAGAAAAAGCCCAAUACAUCCUUUUAAGGAAGCUGUUACAACACUGAAUUGCCUCACUGGUGUUUUUUUUGUUUUUUUUUCCACUUCUAACAUUGAUUUUAAUAGAAACGUGAGUGCAGGUGUAUCAGGACGGCCGUGUAGCUCUUAUCAAUCCUGGUGUGGUACGUUGGAAAAGCUGGACAGGUUUUUGUUCGACUGAGUGGCUUGGUCAGCUUUUUCGUUUAUAUCAUUUUAUUUAAUUCUUUUUAUUGUAAUCAACUUUUUUUGUUUUGUUUUUUUGUAUACUACUACUACAAGUGUUUUACUGUUUUAGGUCUGAGUUUUUCUGUUUUUCUUUACGGAAUAAAAACCUUUUAAACCGAAACAA